UUAAAGGAGCAAUAUGGACUGAAACAACAAGUGUGGUUUUGAAACUCAAAAUACAUAGAAAGUAAUGCUUUUGAUUGGUUGAAAGGUAGCGUCUUUUUUUAUGAAAUCUUAAGCACUGGCAAUGUCUGAUUGACGUUUUUAUCUCAAACCAGUCUGAAAUAUUGAAUUACUCUGGAUAUCUUAUUUUGCAUAACAUCAUAAUGCAAGAAAGGGAUAAUUACACAGUUAAAGCAGUUAAAGAACACAUAGAUGGUAAUGUACCCGGCUGUUGUUCUCAGCGAUGGAUACUUGCAUACAUCGGAUUCUUUGGUUUUGCCGUCUUCAACUCCCUGCGUGUUAAUCUAAGUGUGGCCGUAGUUUGCAUGGUGAAGACUCCACAAAUAGACUUUGAAGCAAUUAAAGGCAUGAAUGUUUGUUGUCUAACUGUAUAUUGCUUAAAGAAUUUUACAAACACGAGCGUCUUGCCAAAGGGGUUUGAUUUAAACUGCAUCAAGGAAGAGGAGGAAGCCUCUCAUUCGAGUGACAGAGCCGAAUUAGAAUGGGAUGUGUCUACAAAGGAGCUUAUUCUAGCCUCAUUUUAUUACGGGUACAUUAUAACGCAAAUUCCAGGAGGCUGGCUAGCUCACAGGUUUGGUGGGAAGAAAGUUCUUUUCACUUCAAUAUUUGGAUCGUCCCUGUUGACUUUGUUUCUUCCAUUAUGUGCACGAACACAUGUCUACCUGCUGUUUGCACUCAGAGUCGGUAUUGGAUUGUUUUCAGCUAUGACAUUCCCUGCCAUGCAUGACAUGUGGGGGCAAUGGGCACCACCUUUGGAAAGAAGCAAACUCACGGCUCUGUGCUACGCAGGAGCUACAUUCGGCAAUGUACUGACGUUCAGCACAUCUGGUGUGCUGUGUGCAUAUGGAUUUGAUGGUGGAUGGGGCUCUAUCUUUUACGUUACAGGAUCUGCUGGUGUGCUAUGGACAAUAGCAUGGCUUUUAUUGUCCGCUGAUAACCCAUCUUCACAUCCGAGAAUAACAACAGCCGAAAAGAACUACAUUACAGAAAGUAUAAGUCAUGGCAAAAAGAAAACGUAUACUAAAGUCCCUUGGGUGGCUCUGGCAAAGUCACCAUGCCUGUUUGCGUGUCUGACUGCGCACGUGUGCAACAACUGGACAAAUGCUACACUACUAACAAAUAUACCUACAUUCAUGAUGGAUGUUUUGCAUUUCGAUAUAAAAAGUAAUGGUGUAUUAUCAGCUGUGCCAUAUAUUUGUCAGUUUUUGUCAGGCAUAUUUUCCGGCCAGUUUGCAGAUUUUCUCAGAUCUAGAAAAUAUCUAUCAACAACUACAACAAGAAAAUGCUUCCAGACAUGUAGCUUUAUGGGCGCCGCUGUGUGUUUGGUUGGAACAGGUUUUUGUUCUUGCGAACACAGAACACUAGCAGUUAUUCUAUUGUCAUUAGCUAUGACCUUUAUGGGGCUCGGUCGUGCAGGAUAUAUGGUCAAUCACGUCGAUAUUGCGCCAGCUUAUGCAGGUGUCUUGUUUGGGAUAACAAACACAUCAGCGGCACUCACAGGCAUGACGGCACCUUUACUGGUUGGAUAUCUCACGCCAAAUGCUACUGCUCUUGAAUGGCGAAAUGUAUUUUAUGUGUGUGCUGGAUUUGAUGUGUUUGGAACUAUAGUGUUUUCCAUAUUUGCCUCUGGAGAAUUGCAGGAAUGGGCUAUUAUCAGAGACAAUGUUAAAUUAGAAGCAUGCACAAAUGGUGUUGAUCAAACUACAAGAUCACCGAGCAACCUUGAUAAUACUGAAGCUGAUGAACCACAAGAAAAAGGGCAAAUUAAUUACGGAUAUGAAAAAUUCAAGGGCCUUCACUGCAGACUGUAACGUAAUGUACUAGACCUUUCCACAUAUAUGAAAAAAAAAGUUCGUGUCUGUGUAUUGAUGCGAUGUAGGUUGUGCUAAUUGGCAUGUGCUUGCAUCUUUUUCUAAGCUGAAAAAAACCUUUGACCAAAACUGGCGGGAGAUAUGAUUAGACAUGUGUGAAUCAGUGAAUGCAUAUUAUUUUGAUGUGAGACAAGAAUAAUUUUGUAUCAGUGAAUGUAUUAAGAGUU